GUGCAAGUUAUGGCAAAUAAAAAAUCUUAUAUGCCACUUAUUUGUAAAAGUUUUUGUCUUUGAAUCCUAUUCACUACUAAAAAACCUUCGCAAAGUGGGUAUAAAGUGGGUAGUACAACAAAUAGCCGUUCAGCUUUCCACUAACCCCGAACCCCCCUUCGCCAAGGCAGAAGGAACCGACUGCCGGACUGCGUCUCCUCACUCUGCCUCACCGCUUCAGUAGUUCAGGUUCACUUCGUUCAACCUUCACUCUUCUGCUCUUCAGGCGCUACUUUGCACUCUGCUUCUAGAAAUGGAGGGUAAUGGAGCUGAAGCAUCACAAAUUUGGAGAGAACUUGAGUCACUAAAGGCGGACAAGCUACGAAUUGAAGAACAGAUCUCAGUUCUUGAAUCUCAACUCAGUCAAAUCCGCGCAAAUGAUGAAACCACCUGGAAUGGUGUCGGUUGUGAUGCACACGUUUGUUUUCCGUCAAUAUCAAAUGCAAGGUUAAGCUCCAAUCAUGAUUUGUCUCCUGAUAAUAUCUACAGAUACAGUCGUCACUUGUUGCUUCCUUCAUUUGGCGUCAAAGGUCAGGCAAAUCUAUUGAAGUCUUCAAUUUUGGUUAUCGGGGCUGGAGGCCUAGGAUCACCUGCUUUGCUAUAUCUUGCAGCUUGUGGUGUUGGCCGAAUAGGCAUAGUCGAUCAUGAUGUUGUUGAGCUUAAUAAUCUACAGAGACAGAUAAUACACACCGAAGCAAAUGUUGGGUGCUCUAAGGUAGAGUCUGCUGCUGCUGCUUGCCGCGCGAUUAACUCGUCCAUUCAAAUCAUUGAACACAAAGAAGCAUUACGCACAUCCAAUGCUUUGAAGAUUGCAAGCCAAUAUGACAUUGUCAUAGAUGCUACAGAUAAUGUUCCUAGUCGCUACAUGAUCAACGAUUGCUGUGUCGUGUUGGGAAAGCCUCUAAUAUCUGGAGCUGCAAUUGGACUAGAAGGGCAGUUGACAGUCUACAAUUACAAUGGAGGCCCAUGUUAUAGAUGCAUGUUUCCAAUCCCACCCCCCACAACUUCAUGCCAAAGAUGCUCAGAUAGUGGUGUAUUAGGUGUAGUUCCUGGAGUAAUUGGAUGCCUUCAAGCCCUAGAGGCUAUAAAAGUUGCAUGUGAGAUCGGUGAUCCACUCUCUCAACGGAUGCUUCUCUUCGAUGCCCUGUUAGGACGGAUUCAUAUGGUCAAGAUUCGAGGAAGGUCAUUGCAAUGUAAAGUUUGUGGUGACAAUGAAGCGCUGACAAAACAGCAAUUUGAAGAUUUUGACUAUGAAAACUUUACUCAAUCUCCACUUUCUACGGGUCCAUUGAAGUUGAAUCUUGUUCCACCAGAUGCCAGAAUCAGUAGCAAUGAGUACAGGGAGAGAGUUUUGCAAGGGGAAGCUCAUGUAUUAGUAGAUGUACGGCCAGCCCAUCAUUACAACAUUGUUGCACUUCCCAACUCUAUUAACAUCCCGCUGCAGGGUUUGAAGGAUCGACUAUCUGACUUAUCUACAAUGUUACGGAACGGUGACGAGGAAGGUUCCUGUGCUUCUCUCUAUGUCAUUUGCAGGAGAGGUAAUGAUUCACAAAGGGCUGUGGAAUGCCUCCACAAGGCCGGUUUCUCUUCGGCUAAGGAUAUAAUAGGGGGCCUUGAGGCAUGGACCCGAGAGGUGGAUCCCCAGUUCCCCUCCUACUGAUGAUGCCUAAUAAAUCUUGAUGGUCUACCCAUUCUGGAUUUUCUUUCCAUACACUCUUUCUUCCCCAACACAGGUGAUGUGCAAUGUCUCUUUGAGCACAGAGUUUUGAGGAGUUGUAAAACGUCAAUAAGUCACAUUUUGUUCCAUAAUCUUUAUUUUUAAAGAAUACUUGAAACCCU